CCGGCACCGCUCGCCCAAUGGCAGCUUGCAGUCUCUGGAGAGUUGGCGAGGAGAGAGGGAGAGAGGCUCAGUCUGCCCUCCAAAUCCCUGGGAGCAUCAUCAUUCCGCCGAGAGAAGCCAUUCUCUAACAAGCUUCCAACCACUGCGAGAUGACUGGCAGGGGAGCUGAGCCAGAGGCAGCAGCAGCAGCAGCAGCAGCAGCAGGAGCUGGAGGAGCAGCGACCAUCGCUCUGUAGAGAGACAGACAGACAGACAGACAGACAGACAGCACCACCACCCAGGAAAUUAACCAGACACAACAAAACUGAGCCAACAAGCCCCUCUCUUGCUCCUUCCCCCCCAGCCCAAUCCGGAUCCAAACUCAAGUUCCCCAUCUGAGCCUCUCCCCCCAGCCACCCUCCCACCCAAAGUGAAGGGGGGGGGACACCAACCGGGGGAGGGAGCAGUUAACCCUUUGUGGUCCCUCAAGGAAGACAUCCAUCCUAAGCCUAAGGAACAGACCUUUCGAGAGCGCUCAGAGCUGGAUAACGACCAUGAUCCUUUUCUCACCGCGCAGCGUUUUACUCUCAGUCUAUUAUCCUCAGAUUUUCCUCAUCCUUACCAGUGGAAGUUACUUAGCUUUGUCAUCUGUGGUGGCUUUAGGAGCAAACAUAAUCUGCAACAAAAUCCCAGGCUUGGCCCCUCGGCAGCGAGCAAUCUGCCAGAGCCGUCCCGAUGCCAUCAUAGUGAUCGGAGAAGGGGCCCAGAUGGGGAUCAAUGAAUGCCAGUACCAGUUCCGAUAUGGCAGGUGGAACUGCUCAGCACUGGGAGAGAAAACAGUCUUUGGUCAAGAGCUUCGAGUAGGAAGCAGGGAAGCCGCUUUCACCUACGCCAUCACCGCUGCUGGGGUUGCGCAUGCCGUCACUGCUGCCUGCAGCCAGGGAAACCUAAGCAACUGUGGCUGUGACAGAGAGAAACAAGGUUAUUACAACCAAGAGGAAGGGUGGAAGUGGGGAGGCUGCUCCGCUGAUAUCAGAUACGGCAUCGAAUUCUCCAGGAGGUUUGUUGAUGCCAGAGAAAUCAGAAAGAGUGCUCGGAGGCUGAUGAACUUGCACAACAAUGAGGCUGGAAGAAAGGUGCUUGAAGAGAGAAUGAAACUGGAAUGCAAAUGCCAUGGGGUUUCUGGUUCCUGCACAACCAAGACCUGUUGGACUACGCUCCCUAAAUUCAGAGAGAUUGGAUAUAUUUUGAAAGAAAAAUACAACGCCGCCGUGCAGGUGGAAGUGGUGAGAGCCAGCAGGCUCAGGCAGCCCACCUUUCUGAAGAUCAAGCAGAUCAGAAGCUACCAGAAACCAAUGGAAACAGAUCUGGUAUAUAUAGAUAAGUCACCCAACUACUGCGAAGAAGAUGCUUCCACUGGGAGCGUGGGGACACAGGGACGCCUCUGCAACCGCACCUCACCCAGCGCCGAUGGGUGUGACAUGAUGUGCUGUGGGAGGGGCUACAACACCCACCAGUACACCAAAGUUUGGCAGUGUAACUGCAAGUUCCACUGGUGCUGCUUUGUGAAAUGCAACACUUGCAGCGAGCGGACAGAGGUGUUCACUUGUAAAUAACAGCUAACGUCCCUACUUUUUAAAAGACACAGCCGCCACGUGUUAGAGUGGAACAAAACAACUUACAGCAUCAUUUUGCACAUUUAAUUUUCUUGGAGGAGGAGGAGGCCAGUCUCUUCCCUAUUACUUCUUAAUAACACAUUCAAGAGCGAGGCGUUAACCUGCUGACUAGCUGCUUUCACUACAUUGGAACCAGGGUCGAUGGGA